AUGAUUUCUGAUUCCUUAUCAGUAGAAGAACAUAUCAGUAGUUGUUUGGUUUUCGACGAUGAUCUUCUAAGAUUACUGGGUACAAAUCAUCAAUCAAAAAAUGUAUGCUAUGAGAAGCCUUUUGAUAAUACCUCAAUUGCCAGUGAUUUGAUCGAGUUUAUUGAUCCGAGAAAUUGCGCGAUAGAGAAAAAUGAAUUUGAUUGCUAUUUUCCGACAAGCAACAGUUCGCAAGAUAUGAUAUGUAGUGAUUACGAUCCAAAUCUAUCUUUUCUCGAUUUCUCGAUGUCAUCCAAAGAGUGUGCUGAUGGCUAUAACGUUACAAAUGCAAAGUCGAGUCAUGUUCCAUUGUCUACAUCUGUGGGUGUCACAAUACCAAAGAAAAGCCUUAAUUUAUCACGUGGCAUUGAAAUUGUUGAUGAUCUUGAGUUAAAAUAUAAGCCACGCUACAAAAGCGACUAUCGUUCUCCAGAUGGUACAAUUCGAAAACCACGAUAUGUGGCUAAUCAGCAUGGCGUUCAUUGUGUCGAACUCAAAGUAGCACCUGGUAGUAAAGGCUAUCUUCGAGUCGAUUGGACUACAACGGAGUUGAGUAAAGGUAUUCGAUAUUCAAUGCCUUACAAGUUUCAAAUUGAUAAUGAUUCAUUUGAUUCUCCUGAUGUAAACCCAUUUUAUGUAGAUUUCACCGCUGAUUGUACAGGAAUUUUGCCACUAUAUUUGGUGUUGAUUAAAGCGAAACAAGAUGAAUUGAAAUCAGUUCAACUUCAACUCUUUCCUCCAUUGGAAGAUUGUUCUACGGUAUCAAUUUCAAAUAGUUUCAACGUAACAACUCCAUUGAGUGCAAAAAAAUUGAUUGAACAAUAUCAAUUACAUAGAUCACAAUUAGCAUUUACAUUGUGUACAUUAAGUAAAGACGGGCAAUUAUUCAUUCCUGAUUGGGGCACAACGGUCUAUUCAACAGUUAUGACUGAGAUGUCCACCGAAGCUUCAAAACGAAGAAAGAUUGCUUGUCCAAGAUGUAAAAAUUCAUUCGAAAUAACCAUCAACAAAGCAGGUGAUAUCAGCUAUGAAGAACCAGCGAAAAAACGAAAACGAUGA